AUGCACUUUGAAUCAAAAUCAAAAGAAAGUUUUUUUAAUAAAUAUGACCUUUAUAAAGAUGAAAUAGAAAAAACUUUUGGUGAAAACCAGCAGCAACAAACCAUUACAUAUUAUUCAAAGAAUUCCAAAUAUAUAGUUAAAGAGUUUAAACAAGUGGAAGAGGAAUUAAAUUUAUCAAAUCUAAACAAUAAAAAUAUAAUAAAAUACUAUGACCAUAAAAUAUUUGAAGAUAAAUCAUAUUAUAUUGUUUUAGAAAAUAUUCAAAUAAAUAAUUGUACAAUUUCAGAAAAAUUAAAAAAAAUUAAAAAUUUUAGCGAAAAAGAUUUAGUUUUAAUUGGGAAACAGUUAAUCGAUGUUUUACUUUAUUUAAAUCAAAAUAGAAUAAUACACAGUAGUUUAAUAGGUGAUAAUAUAAUAAUAGAUAGUAAUAAUAAUAUAACUUUAAUAGAUUUCGGUAGCUCGAUACUAUAUGACCAAAUAGAAAAGGAAAAUAAAGAAGAAAAAUCCAAUAAACAAAAAACAGAUAUUCAUAAAUUAGGUGAACUAUUAUACGAAAUGACAGGAAGGGAUUAUUCAAAAGUAUCAAGUGACUGUAAAGAUUUUAUUAAAGAUUGUAAAGACUUUGAUUGUAAUAAAACACCAACACAUGAAAUGUUAACAAAAUAUCCAUUUUAUAAUAUAAAAUUUGAUAUAGAAUUGGAUCAAAAAGAAAAUGAAGAUUUAAUUAAAUUACAAAAUGAAAAUAAACCAAUUGAAGUAGAUGCAUAUGAAGGAUUACCAAUAUUUGAAGAAAAUAGAAAAUCACUAUGGAAUCGUUUUUCUAAUUGGAUAUUUGAAAAGAAUUUUAACUUGGCAUGCUCAACAUUAAAAAAUGGACCAAUUCCAAAACAUAUAGGCGUAAUUAUGGAUGGAAAUAGACGUUUUGCUGAAAGAAAUCAUUUACAAACUAAGGAUGGUCAUAAGAAAGGUUUUAAUACAAUGUUGGAGUUAUGUCAGUGGAGUUUAGCAUUGGGUGUAAAGAUUAUUAGUGUAUAUGCAUUUUCAAUUGAAAAUUUUAAAAGAUCAAAAUCAGAAGUAGAAGAUUUAAUGGAUUUAGCAAAUAAAAAGUUUGAAGAAAUGGUUUCAAAAUCUCACAAGCUCCAACAAUUAGGCGUAAGAAUUAGGGUAGUCGGUGAUUUUAAACAUAUUCCAGAAAAAACACAAUCAAUUUUAGCAAGAGCAGUUAAAGCAACUGAAAACAACAACAAAGCAUUAUUAAAUAUUUGUUUAUCAUAUACAGCACAUGCAGAAAUUUUACAUUCAAUGAAGACUCUUAGCAAUGGUGUUAGUGAUAAUCUAAUAGAAAGUGAAGAUAUUGACCAGGAUUUAUUUGAAAAUUGCUUAUAUAUUAAAGAAGAUUUGGAUAUCUUAAUUAGAACAUCAGGAGAAUAUAGAUUAAGUGACUUUAUGUUAUGGCAAUCGUGUUUCACUAAUUUAGCUUUGGUUGGUAUAUUGUGGCCAGAUUUUUCCUUCCUUCAUUUUGUAUAUGUUAUUUUCAUCUAUCAAUUUAACAAGAAAAAACUAAAAAAUGAAAUUUUUAAUCAGCAUCAAUACAGUAAUAAUAAUCAAAACCAAAACCAAAAUAAUAGCGAUAAACAAAAACAAAGAGUAGAAGAAUUUAAAGAAUAUAUUAGACAAAUGGAAACUGAUAUGAUUGAAGAAAUGAAAAACAAAGGUUAA